AGCCUUCCAAAAUCAGUUUCCAUUACCCUCCGAGUCAAGAUGAAGAUAACCAUUGCAACUAUUGGACUUUUUGUAGCUGUCCUUUGCAGCUUGCAAUCGCCAACCGUGGCAUGUGAUAUUAAAGCGGCUUACGAUUUGGUCUUCAAUUAUUGUCAAACCCAAUACAUUUUUAAUAUUCCCCUGUGUUUCGGUUUGAAUGCGAGCACCAGCAACGAAAAAUUCUUGCAAUUGCUCAGCACUCAAUACAAAAAAUUUUGUGAAUUUACAAUUUUUAAGGAUCUUUGCCAGAAAUGCGAUUUUUCGUCCAUUUUGUCAGGUAACCAGAAUAUUACGGCUGCAAGCGGAAAUUUAACAGCAGGUGCUAUUCGCGUUUUGGGCGGCCCUGAUUUAAUUCCCGGGCUCUAUACUUAGAGAUCUAAAAGUUCCCCGACAGAAAAUCAACCGAACCAAAAUAUUGAAUUUAUAUUAAUGCACUUAAUCCUUUUGUUUUUGCACCUUGGCAUGCCAGCCCCUUAAAUAUAUUCCCCAAGCAUUGAAAAACA